ACGGUAAUACACGAUGUAUUUAUUCUGUCUUUUCUUAGCUGGGAGAAGGUUAAGUUUAUCGAUUUUAUGCUCUUACAAAAGCAUCCUUUUCAAGACCGUUCUCUUGUUACUGUUGUUUGUUUGUUUGCUUUACGACAGCGAAAAAUGCAACUAGUGACUAGCAUAAAACAGCUCAAAAUACAAGCUUUCCACGUGUAUGGGUUUUUUAAGACAGACUGUCGGCUGGUGAUGUCGAGUGGAUUUGUUGGGGUAUGUCUGUUGAUUUUUUAAAAAAUUGUUAAGAGGCACAGAUAAAUUAUUCUUUGUAUUUUGUUUCUCAAUGAGAAAAAAACUCUUAGUCUUAGUGAGUUCUCUGGAAUUUUAUUGUCAUAGCGCCCACAUCAAACGUUCCCGCCGCCGUUCCACGGCAGUACAUUAGUGACAAGCAGACGACAAUUUUAUUCCGACGAUCGGUUCCGCUCAAGGGGGCGUUCAUUGAGUCGCUAGCUAGGACUGCUAAGAGCCACAGAACAGACUGCCGCACGAUCAAAAUAGGCGCACGCGAGUCUCAGCAGAGGCGGGAGCAGAGGCGAGCGGCAGCAGGCGGCAGCGGCACUAAUGAACGCACCACCGCCAGUGAACGAACGCACCGCACCGUGCGCGCACACAACCACUGAACGCACCGUGCGCACACGGCUAGUGAACGCCACAGCCACCGUACGACGACGUGCGGUGACAGAUGAGAGACCAGGAGUGGCGAAGUGAGAAUAAUAAAGGAAAAGACAAGGAACUUCUCUUCUGAUGGCUUAAAGCGCAAAAAGGAGGAGAACAAAAACACAAAAACAAAAGCGGAUCGAAAACGUGCCAGUUUUUGUUUUGUUUUGAUUUUUUUUCACGCACGUAAUCUUUCUUCCUGGCCGAUUUGCUUGAUGAUUUCCAACUACAGAUUUUCGUGAGAGUGAAAGAAAGAGAGAAUAAUUAUUAUUCUUUUGUAAAAGUGGAGGAGCAGGAGGUGGCGAGGAAUGAUAGGUAUCUUGUUUGUUCUUCCAAGAAAAAGUCAGUGCCCCGUGGGGAAGGAAAAAGGAGUGUGCUGAAGCUAUUGAGGCAGGACGUGAAAAGAGUAACAGUGAGGGAGAAGUGCAGGGAUGAAGAACUAUCAUGACGUUGUGCGCUCAACGAAUCUCUCACGAAAAGAUCGAGACAUGGAAUUAUUUUUUCAAAGUGUCCUCGAACACAUUCCAAAGGAUUUCUUCAUCAGUGCUGUCGUUGUGAGCCGCUAGAUCUAUACUACUUACUUACGGCUGUCAUUGUUGAUAAACGACUGACUGUCUCUGGCUGGCUGAUUUAUUUUUUUAAAAACCCAUUCUCCAUCAGCUUGACAAGACUGACUUGUGUUUCGUAACGUUUGGUUGGCUUCGUUCGCUUCCUUUUGGUUGUUGGGUUGUUGUUUUUUAGCAGCACUUGGUUGGCUUUUGUUGGUCUCUUGAUUUGGUGUUGCUGUUGUUGCUGUUGUUGUUUUUAGGGGUGUCAGGAAUUUGUUUGGGAUUAAUUUUUUUUCCCGUCAUAUCCGGCUCACAGGAUUUGUUGGUGCAGUUUUGUUUUUUGUUUGGUCUCCUUUUGUUUUGUUUUUUAGGGGGUUUAUUUUUUUUUUGGUAAGGUGCUUUAGAAAGCAAACGCAUAAUUUGGGAUAAUGAUGAUUUCUUCUUGUUCUUUGUUGUUGCUGAAUUACUGAGGGAAGAAUGUAGAUCUAGGGUGUUUACAAGUUGUGAGCAUAUAUUUAUAUAUAUUUGUGAGCGUUCAUUUGUCGAAGCCACCAUCCCGUGCGUUCACAAGUUGUCUUGACCACGCUUUUGUGCGUUCGUAGUGGUCCUGACCGUCACCUUCUACGUUCAUUAGUGGUGGUGGUGGUGGUGUCGCGAAAAAUUUCACCACUGUGGUAUUAUUCUUUGUGGUGGUGCUGCCGCGUUUUUCACCUUGGUGUGUUGCAGCGCACUCACGUGUCAGUCAGUGUGUAGUAGUGUGUUGGCGAGAGUAAAGUGUGCUGGCAAAGGAACUUUCUGUGAACAGUACACGUAAACUGAGUGCUCAACAUGAAUUGCCUGAGUGCAGGGGGUGGCGAUGAGGAGUCAACCAAGAGCAGAAAACUCUUGCGGUUUAGCCCGAAGCUGCGGAAGCGGAAAUCGGAGAAGGGCGUCCAUGGUGUAGCCAUGGCAACGAGUAACGACGGCCAUGUUCCCAAUGGCCUCAACGACAGGGAACGCCUAGAACUGAAGCAAGCGUUCGACAUGUUUGACAAGAACAAUGACGGGAAGAUCUCGUGUGAUGAACUAGGCUGUGUCCUGAGGACUCUGGGUCAUGACUACACCCAGGCCGACAUAGAGGACAUGAUUAAACACGCCGAUAUCAACGGUGUUUGACAUGGACGGUAACGGCUACAUCGACCGACACGAGCUGCGUUACAUCAUGAAGCGGCUAGGGGAGAACCUGGGAGAGGAGGACGUGAAGGAGAUGUUCAAACUGGCAGACCUCAACGGAGACGGAUUGAUAGAUUACGAAGAGUUUUCCAAGCUUCUGGGCGGUCUGGGAGGGGGGCUAGGUGGUCUGGCCCAGGCGGCAGCGGCUCCCUCCUCCUCCUCCUCCUCCUCGUCGUCAUCAACAAACGCUAAGCAAACGCCCAAGUCUUCAAAGUCUUCAAAAGACGGCAAGAAGAAGUGAAGACAGCACCCUUUCCUGACUGUGAUAGUAUAUCCCCCACAACCAGAACGACAACAAACAGCAGCAGCAGCAGCAACAACAACAACAACAACAACAACAACAACAACAACAAUAACAACAACAACAUCAAAUCAACAUCAAAAUCGCCUGCAACAACAUCAACCAACGACAGCAACAGCAGCAGCAACAAUGAUAAAAAUAGCAGCAGUAUGAGCAGCAACAGCAAGAAAAUCAACAGUUCCAGCGACAGUAGCAGCAACAACAACAACAACAACAACAACAACAACAACAACAACAACAGCGACAGCAGCAGUGUAAACAGCAUUAAUAAUGCCAACAACAACAACAACAGAAAAAGCAUCCACAACAGCAGUCUGAACUUCCGACAACCAGAAACAGCAGCAGCAGCAGCAGCAGCAGCAGCUAAGAUGUUUGUGACGGCUGCAGCUUCACCGACAACAACAACAACAACGACUACAUCAACUUACCACAACAACGACGACUACAACUGCAACAGCGUUGUAACUACUCUUGGAAAUAAUCAACUUCAUCAUACCGCUACAACAACAACAACAACAACAAUAGCAACAACAUGAUCAGCAACCACAGCAAGCAGUUGCAGCUACCCAAGCAGACAGGACAGCAGCAAUAGCGAUUGCAACAACGACAGAAUGCUCCCGUGGCAGUUGCAGUUAAAUAGAAAUAUAAUAAACAUCUUUUGUCUCAAAGCUAGAGAAACAAAGAAGGUGAUCCUCUUCUAUUCUUCUCCGUUUCCUCGCACAGGUUGCCAACCGUCACUCGUCCGUUCUUGUCUCAUGAUAUCCAGUUUGGAAGGACAUCUCCUCCUGACUAUUUGCAUAAGGUCGCGUUUUUGUCGGCAUGAGACGGAUUUGAAAUUACACAUGGGUGGUUUUGAACUCUGGUUACACAAAUACACUCAAAGGAUGUUUUCGUAAGUUUGAAAUAUUUGUGAAGGAAACCAGAGAGGAUUUAUCAUAGAGCUAAGGUAUUGGUGACGAAAAUCUCGGAGGAUUUCACGUACAGAUUUUUUUGACGAAAAUCUCUGUGGAUUUCGUGUAGACAUAAGGUAUUUGUGACGAAAAUUUCGGAGGAUUUCAGUAUUAGGUCCAUUCUUUGUCUUUUCACAGCUUGUGGGAACAGUUUUGUAAAUACCCUUUUCCCAACUUCACAUGUCAUUAGUCAUUUAGUCUCUGAAUCGUGCUACAGGUCCCAAGUGAUUGACUGUUUGAUUUUUUUCAGAAUUAUGACGCAACUGUGACCUUUUGGUCAGGUCAUGUCUGUGAGGGCGGUGCAGAGCCCAACGAAAUUGCUUUUUUGCUCACGGAAAAUUGCAAAGGUCUUUUGCUCUGUGGCUCUGGGUUUUUUGUUUGUUUGUUAGGGGCUUUUAGGAAGGGUUGAUGUUUGGGAGGUGUUUUUUCUGUGAGUUAUCAUUUUGGAGGGAGUAUCAUUCUGUCUUGCCAUAGGUUGUUUUGUGGAUGAAAGAGAAAGUGGUCAGUUGUGCCACGGGUCAGAUUUUGACCCCAGAUUUCCGGACGUCCAGGGCACGGCGUGAUUACGUGGAUAGCGGCUCUGUGAUGUUGUCAGAGAAAAUCUUCAGAAGUCACUGACUGCCAGGCUCUGGGGAAAAGAAUGUUACGGCGAGUUACACCUCGAGCUGUCUUCGUGUGCUCUAUCUCUCUCUGUCUCUGAUAGAGGAUAACAAAAUCCUUUCCAAUUAGUGAUUGAUGAUGCUUCCAGGGAGUGAUGACCUAAUGAAGAGGUCUGUAGUCUCUAUUGGUGAUACACCAGGGAUGGUGAUCUGAUAAGGUUCUGUGGUCAGUACUGGUGAUGCACUAGGGAAUUAGGACGGGGUGAGGAGGCCUGUGAUCACUAAGCUUUUCUUCAGUAUGUCAGCUCUCGUCAUCGUUUGGAGACCGUACAUUAUGGACAAUCUUGUUGGGUUUCUGCGAUGUGUCUCUGUGUUUGUCGCCUCGGCAAGAGCAGGUGGAUCCACAACAACGACUUACGUCACACAGUUUGGCAUGGAAGGGUUAACAAAUUAUAAUACGCUGAACAACUCCCCACCAUUUCCUCACCCUCUUUUCCUUGCUGGAAUGAUAGACAUGAGAGAAUGGCGGUGCCCGUUGGCGGCCACCCUGUCAUGGGAAAAGAACGGACGAUGCUCGACGGACGGAUAGAUCUAGAAGGGAUUACAUUUUUAAAAUUUCAAGUACAUUCUUUGAAAA